AUGCCAAUUUUGCACGGUUCUGCAGAACCCGGUCACUGUGCCCUUGUGGUCGUGUGGAUCCUGUGGGCACUGGCCACACAUCCUGUGCCAGCUCCCUCUGAUAGCGCCGGAGGCUUUGGACUUUGGGGACUUUGGACUCUUGUGUCGCUUGGAGCAAGGUCUCUCUGCAGGAGGAAGCGGCCCGCCAACGCCGUCAAGGAGAUGCUGGAGAACUGUUUGGAUGCUAAAUCUAGCAGUAUCCAGGUGGUAGUUAAGGAGGGAGGCCUGAAGCUCAUCCAGAUCCAAGACAACGGCUGUGGUAUCAGAAAGGAAGAUCUGGACAUUGUAUGUGAGCGAUUUACUACCAGUAAACUGCAAAAGUUUGAAGACUUGGCCAGUAUUUCUACAUAUGGUUUUAGGGGUGAGGCAUUGGCUAGCAUAAGUCACGUUGCCCACGUUACAGUAACGACCAAGACAGCGGAUGCAAAGUGUGCGUACAGAGCUACUUACAGUGAUGGAAAAAUUAAAGCCCCUCCAAAACCCUGUGCGGGAAACCAAGGGACUCAGAUCACGGUUGAAGAUCUUUUUUAUAAUGUGAAUACAAGGAGGAAAGCUUUAAAAAAUCCAAGUGAAGAGUAUGCAAAAAUACUUGAAGUUGUUAGCAGGUAUGCCGUCCAUAACUCAGGCAUCAGCUUUUCAGUUAAAAAGCAAGGUGAUACUAUGUCAGAUGUUAGAACCUUAUCAAAUGCCUCAACAGUGGAUAAUAUCAGGUCCAUCUUUGGAAAUGCUGUUAGUAGAGAACUGAUAGAAGUGGGCUGUGAAGAUGCAAGCUUGGCCUUUAAAAUGAAGGGUUACAUAACGAAUGCAAACUACUCUGUGAAGAAAUGUAUAUUUUUACUCUUCAUAAACCAUCGACUGGUAGAGUCGACUGCUUUGCGGAAAGCCAUUGAAACUGUCUAUGCUGCCUACUUGCCAAAAAGUACACACCCGUUCCUGUACUUAAGCCUGGAAAUAGCUCCUCAGAAUGUAGAUGUGAACGUGCAUCCUACGAAGCACGAAGUCCAUUUUCUUCACGAGGACAGUAUUCUAGAGCGUGUGCAGCAGCACAUAGAGAGCAAGUUACUGGGCUCUAAUUCUUCCAGGAUGUACUUCACCCAGACGUUGCUUCCAGGGGCCGACUGCUCUUCCAGCGAGGUUGUGAAAUCAGCAGCAAACUCUGCGGCAGUUACCAAAGGAGCGGGUGAUAAAGUUUACGCGCACCAGAUGGUCCGCACGGACUCCAAAGAGCAAAAGCUGGAUGCUUUCCUUCAGCCGGCCAGCAAGGCCCCAAGCACCAGCCCCGCGGAGGCGAGAGCCGGGGCAGGAGCAGGGCUCCCGGAGAGCGCAGCUGGGCCCCGGGAUGCGGAGAUGGAAGAUGUCAGUGCUGUAGCUGAAGUCGCCGCUGCUCAGAGGAGCCCGGGGCCGGCAGGGGGCCGGAGCAAGAGCCCAGGCGGGUCUCCUGAAGCGGUGCCGCCUCGAAAGAGACCACGUGAAGAUACUGACGUGGAAAUGGAGACAGAUGAUAACAGAAAGGAAAUGACAGCUGCCUGCACCCCCCGAAGGAGAAUUAUUAACUUGACCAGUGUAUUGACUCUCCAGGAGGAAAUUAGUAACCAGGCACAUGCAGGUCUUCAGGAGAUGCUACACGAUCACUCCUUUGUUGGCUGUGUCAGUCCUCAGUGGGCUCUGGCACAGUACCAGACAAAACUGUAUCUUCUCAAUACAACCAAACUCAGCCAAGAACUCUUCUACCAGAUACUUAUUUAUGACUUUGCAAACUUUGGCAUCUUAAGGCUGUCUGAGCCAGCUCCUUUAUUUGAGCUUGCCCUGCUUGCUUUAGAGGACCCUGAGAGUGGCUGGACAGAAGAAGAUGGCCCCAAGGAAGGGCUCGCCGAGUACAUUGUUGAAUUUCUGAAGAAGAAGACUGAAAUGCUGAAAGAUUAUUUCUCUCUUGAAAUUGAUGAGGAAGGAAACCUUAUGGGAUUACCGCUGCUGCUAGACAACUAUGUCCCCCCUCUGGAAGGGCUGCCCAUGUUUAUCCUUCGCCUGGCCACAGAGGUAAACUGGGAUGAAGAAAAGGAGUGUUUUGAAAGCUUAAGUAAAGAAUUAUCCAUGUUCUACUCCAUUAGAAAGCAGUACAUAAUAGAUGACACCAACCUGACAAGCUCUCAGGCUGAAGAUUCUGACUCCGGCUCAACGGGCUGGAAGUGGGCAGUGGAACACAUAAUUUUCAAGGCUUCCAGGACUCAUCUGCUGCCUCCUAAGCACCUUGCAGAAGAUGGCAACAUCCUGCAGCUCGCUAACCUGCCUGACCUGUAUAAAGUUUUUGAGAGAUGUUGAGCAAGUAGCUAGACGGACUUGUGCAUAUGUAAAAAGCAUUCAUUUUGUAUUCUAUUUAUUUAGUAAAGGACAAAACUGGAAUCUCAACUGGCAAAAAAAGGAUUUAAUAUCAGACUA